AUGAAGAUCAUCCCCAUCAGCGUGCUUGAGGAUAACUAUUCCUACAUCCUUAUUGACGACAAAACCAAAGAGGCUGCUGUCAUUGACCCUGUUGAGCCAAUUAAAAUCCUAAAUGUCAUUAGUCAAACAGGCUCCAAAUUAUCAAGCGUAUUCACAACGCAUCAUCAUUGGGAUCAUGCCGGUGGAAACAUUGAAUUAAUAGCCAAAAAGCCAGGAUUAGCUGUGUAUGGUGCAGAUGCUCGUAUUCCAGAGAUCAACUAUGUUUGCAAGGAUCAUGAAGAGUUCAAAUUGGGAUCCCUGACUGUCACUCCACUGCACACACCUUGCCAUACCAAGGGACAUGUAUGUUACUAUGUGGUGGAUCCAGCAACAGGCGAAAAGGCUGUCUUUACAGGCGACACGUUGUUUGUAGGUGGUGUUGGCAAAUUCUUUGAAGGAGAUGCUCGUGAUAUGUAUCGAAUCUUGUUCCAUGUAUUGACCAAACUGCCUGAUGAGACAUGGGUUUACUGUGGGCAUGAGUAUACAAAGACCAAUUUGAAGUUUGCGUUGACCAUCGAUCCUCAAAAUGAAGCACUGAUAGCCAAAUGGAACUGGUGUCAAGACAAACUAAUCACAGUUCCAUCUACCAUUGGACAGGAAAAGCUCUACAAUCCAUUUUUACGGGUAAACGAACAAUCGCUACAGAUGAUGACAGGCAAAUCGGAUCCAGUGGAGGUGCUCAACACAUUUAGAGAGAUGAAGAACAAUUUCAAUUAA